AUGAAUUCAGUACGAAUCAUAUUUCCAAAUCUAUUCGCUAAUUUAAAUUUUGUUUCAAGAAACUUCCCACCAAUACGCCGCAUAACUCUGAUGAUGACUAUAAGGUCAUACACAUCUGCCUCAGAUUAUCAGGAAAUCAAUUCUAAGAGAAUUAAGCUUACUAUUGAUGAUUAUCACGAUUUGAAUGAACUACUUUCGGACUCCGAUGGAUGGGACGAUGAAGGAUCCCUUGAAGUAGAUAAAGAGAACCAUCGUGGAUACACCGAAAUUGGCAACAAAAGUAAAGAUGGGCAUUUGCGAAAAAAGAUACGAACCGAGUUCUCCGAUGAGGACGAUUCAAUAAUAUACCAUAUGUUUGAGAGCGGAUCUGAGGGUUUGAUCAAAGAAAAAGUUCUAGCUGGGGCAUCACGAAAAUUGUCCCGGGAUUUACCGCCAAGAAACUCGUUUUCUAGUCAUAUAUUAGAAAGGCCUAUAGUGGAAAGUACUCAACACGGCAAUUUCAAAAGCGCUGUUGCUGAUGGUGAUGAUAGUAAGCUUCUCAUAUCAAUAUUGAAAGGUAGUGCACAGGCCAAUGUUUCAGAGGAAUCCCACAAAGCAACCGAUAAAGGUAGAGAUGAGCAGUCACCUUUAGACAAGUUGUACCAAUCGCAUGCGGGAGAGAAGGACACAAAAGGUAUGCCAUUAUGUACAUCUUCGCUACUCGCCAUUCAAGGUAAGCAAGCCUCUAAGUAUCCAGGAGUAAUAAACCUACGAAAUGAAAAGCAGAUUGUAACUCAAAAAUCCACAAUCCCUGAGCUGCAUGAAGAGGCUGAUAAAAUAAAAAAGAAAGAUUCCGUUAAUAUAUUUGAGGAUGACAUAUGUAUAGUUGGCGAAAGAAAAUGUUUAAAACUUGCGGAAGAAGAGGAUUCCACUUCCACCCCAAGUUUAUCUCACACAUUUGAUCAGUCAAAAGAAAAAGACGACUGCGUUCAAGUAAAUGAACAAAAGGAGAAGAUGCAAUACUCUGAAAAGUUUGCAUUGUUAACUCAAAGACCGUGUCUCCAAGAUUUGCAGGAGCUCGAAAAGAAAAUAAACUUACGUUCCAAUACCAAAAUAGUCAUCCCAUUACGGUUGAGUAAAGAGCAAGAAGACGUUUUGCAUUUAGCUGAAGAAGGACAUAAUAUAUUUUAUACUGGAAGUGCCGGUACAGGCAAAUCAGUUUUGCUUCGUGAAAUGAUCAAGACUUUGAAAAAAAAGUACGGUAUUGAUGGAGUAGCGGUUACUGCAUCGACUGGCCUUGCGGCUUGUAACGUUGGCGGUAUAACAGUCCAUUCAUUUGCAGGCGUCGGAUUGGGAAAUGGUGAUGUUAAAAAGCUGUACCAAAAAGUAAAAAGAUCACAAAAAUUCGUGAAACGCUGGCAAAAUAUAAGUGCGCUGGUUGUCGAUGAGAUAUCCAUGCUGGACGGCGAAUUGCUUGAUAAAUUGGAUUUUAUAGCACAAAAGAUAAGAAAAAAUAGUAAACCGUUUGGUGAUAUUCAAUUGAUAUUAUGUGGGGAUUUUUUUCAACUUCCGCCAGUUUCAAAAGAUCAUAGUAAACCUAUGAAAUUUGCAUUUGAAUCCCUAGUCUGGAAAGAGGCAAUAGAUGUUACUAUUGCAUUAAGAAAAGUUUUCAGACAACAAGGAGACACAAAAUUCAUUGAAAUGCUGAAUAAUUUAAGACUCGGUCGAAUUGAUAACGAAACGGAAAUUGAAUUUAAAAAGCUGAGUAGACCAUUACCACAAGAUGAUAUUAUACCUGCAGAACUUUACAGUACGAGAAAUGAGGUUGAUCGAGCAAAUAAUUCUCGAUUGAAUAGGCUGCCGGGGAAGGCAAACAUUUAUCAGGCGAUUGACGGCGGCAUUUUGGAAGACAAAGAAAUGAAAGAAAGAUUACUUCAGAACUUUCUGGCUCCCAAGCAGCUGCAACUUAAAAUCGGUGCACAGGUAAUGAUGAUAAAAAAUAUAGAUGCCACACUCGUUAAUGGCUCGCUGGGGAAAGUGAUAGAUUUUAUAGACCAUGAAACAUACAUGUUUUACGAUACAAUGAAGGCAAACCCUGAGAUUGGAAUCAGCGAACUCGAGCGACUCAAGGCAAAUCCAGAUAUAUUACGGGAAACUUGGAAUGACAAUCUCGAAGAGCCGGAAGCAGCUGUCAGACAAAAAUCCACAAAAGACGCGUUUUGUAAGUCAGAUCCAAACUCAAGUGAAAAUGACCUCGGAGAAAGUAUCUUUGAUUUUCUUGAUGAUGUCAGCACUACUGAUGUUGGAGUCAAAUAUAACCUACAGAGAAAAGUUGAGUUGCUAAAGGAGAUACAUGCAAGCUCCAAGCGAAAAAGGAAAUUGCCGUUAGUAAGAUUCAAAACGUCUGAUAUGUCGACACGGACAGUUUUGGUAGAGCCAGAAGAUUGGGCCAUUGAAGAUGAAAACGAAAAGCCACUUGUCUCGAGAGUUCAAUUACCAUUAAUGUUGGCCUGGUCCUUAUCUAUUCAUAAAUCUCAAGGACAAACAUUGCCUAAAGUCAAGGUUGAUUUAAGAAGAGUAUUCGAAAAAGGACAGGCGUAUGUAGCAUUAUCUAGAGCAGUUUCCAGGGAAGGGCUUCAGGUACUUAACUUCGAUAAAGCGAGGAUAAUGGCCCAUGACAAAGUAGUGGAUUUUUAUUCCACGUUGGUAACCGUUGAAGAAGCAAGGAAGCAGAUCGAUGGAAGCUCGCAAAAACAUGGACGAAGAAUAAAUGAUAGACGCGAUACCGCAGCACCUACAAAGCCCUUGUUGGUAAAGAAGUCAAGGGCAGCGCGCUCCAGGUCAAAUACGCCAAAUCCUGCCAGCGGUAUGGAUAGAAUUACGGAAAUGUUGAUGCGUAGAAGUAAUCGAGGCUAG